UAAUCGCGUCUAAUGGGCGUGUACCGGAGCGCAGAUUCAGCACUAGAGACUGAUGACCUGAGCAGGAGACGCUCUUUGUGGCUUGAUGACAAUAAUCUGUGGAAUAUAUUGUGGGAAAAGCAGUGAACAGAAGCUUUGAGUGUUCCAGAUGACAACCACCACCACUUAUCAAGGCAUGGAUCCGACCGGGAGGAGCAGCUCCAGAGUGCUGCGUCCACCUGGUGGAGGUUCAAACAUCUGCUUUGGCAACGAUGAAGACAAAUCUGUGAAAAAACACAAAAUGGCAUCUAGUAUAUUUGCUGAACCCGAGGACCCGCAUGCCCAUCGGAGGAACAAUCCACCAGGUGGGAAACCUACAGGUGUGUUGUGUGGAGAGCCAUCUGCCCCACUCAGAAGGUGUACUGCUCAACCAGUCAACCAAAGUAGCACCACACUCGACAAUGUACCUGUGAAUGGUGAUGAAGACUCAGUCAAUGUUGAUAGCACAGAAGAACCUAAAGCUGUUGAGGAGCAGCAUGACACACCAGCUCCACCUUGCCUCUCUGCAACAGAGCAGCCUGCAGCUGGCCUUCCUUCUGGCCGUAGAAACCCACCAGGGGGCAAAUCUUCUCUCAUCUUAGGCUAAAGAUUUGCUGCACUUAAGGAUAAGAUCUGGGCCCAUGUGAAACGAGCAUCUCAGAGUAAAUGUGCUGUUCUGUAUUCAGUGCUCAUCCUCUGCAUAACUAUUCAUAAGCCACAAAGAACUGAUUCAGAUCAGGGCAAUUUAGUCAGAGAGGUGUGCCACAAAUCUCUGAGCUUUGAUUCAUUCAAAGAAUGUCUUUGAAUGUGUCGAGUGUUGGUCUCUCAGUCUUGCGUCGACUAAAGAUCCCUUAGGAAAAAACAAAUCCUGCGUAUGCACUGCUACUCUCAGAUACUACAAACCAUAGGCCAAAAUAUCCCAUCAAAGUUCUCAACAUUACCAUUUAGGAGGUUAAACUUCAUUCACAUGAGCCUAAGAAAUGUCUCGCUGAUUCAGUGUUUGUCUCCGUUUUUCUGUAUUAAGUUUUUGUCAGCACUUUAUGAACUGUGGCGCCCAAAUUGUGGUGCCUCAGACCUGCUGGUUAAAACACACAUUUUAACAUUCAUCACUGCGGAGA